AGUUGAGACUCAGUCACACAUGAAUUCAAAUAAAAAGUCAUUAAUUUAUAUUUUUACAUCUGAAGGCAACUCAAACAUGUUCGAUUUUGUGCCCAUUCAAGACCCUUUAAAUGACGAUGAAACACUGCGACGCGCGCGGCGUCACAUAUCCUUCCUCAGAACAUGGAAUAAGCCAAGAUUUUGCUACAAUAUGGAAUCAGAUGGAAUGUUUCUAUCCGGAAGCUCUGCAGCCGAACAGCACCGAGAUGUGUGAAUUCGUUAGGAACAAUCCGAGCUGCACCUAUUUUGUCUACUAUAUUGACUACCUGAAGCUGCUGUUUUGCACCUUCAACCUGAAUUGGGACAGUUGCUAUGUCUUUAUGGUGGCUUUGAUCUUCGUGAUGCUGUACUUCGUGCUCUACAUGAUUAUCAAAUACUUCUGUCUGCCCAACUUUAUGGCAAUGAUGGAGAUGCUGCCCAUAUCUUCGUACACAUAUAGUUUUGUCUACUUUGGCAGUUGCCUAUUUGUGCCCGACUAUCUGAACUUUUGGCUCAGCUGCCCCUAUGAAACCGUCAAUGUGGCCAGCCUGAUGUUCACCAAGGCAGUUGGCGACAUUCUACGUUUUUUUCUGCUCGGCAUGAUGAUGCUCUGCAUUAAUGGAUAUCAUGUGCGCAGCGUGCUCUGGUGGGGCAAUAUGUCGUUCAUUUUAAUAGGCUAUGUCUAUUUGUUUAUGGUUGUGCGUCUCAAAUACGAUCUGUUUGGCGCCUUCGAUUUGGCCUACGAUAAUGCGCAUCUGAUGACACUCAACGCGUGGGCAUUUCUGUUUGUGUUUAACCUCGUUCUGCUUCUGUCUAUUCUCCUGUCCUACCACAAACGGCGCCGCCAAUUAAAGAAAACAAUUAGCAAAGAGUCGAGCGAUUCAAAAGACAUCUCAAGUCCAGCCAGUGAAAUGGAAGAUGUUGGCAAGCCACCUUUGCGCGAUGAUCUCAACAAAUUCCAGAUCUGGUGGGGCACUGUUAACGGCUAUGCGAAUAUGAAGGAGCACCACAAGAUCAUAGUUAUAUGCUUUACGCCGCUAUACUUUUUGCUGGCCAAUAUCGUACCCGUUAUAAACAAGAAACGCCCGAUGUAUGGCUGGUGCAAGCCCGUGAAUUGCGUCAGUUUUCUGGUAUUUCCCAUUAUAUUUAUAAACUUGAUGCCCGAUCCGAAGGCCUGGUUCGGAGUGUUCGUGAUAAGCUGGAUAAUGGCGUUUAUGGUCUACAUCUCAACCCAUUCGCUGCGUGAGCCCAGCCGUGCGGCGCUGUGCGUCUAUUCCAUAGUGGGCAUGGUCGUGUGCUCCGUAUCCAUGCAAUGCCUGAUCGGGGAGAUUGACAACCUGGCCUGGCAAUAUUUUAGCAUGCGCUUCCAUGGCAUGUCGGAUCUGAUCUGUCUGAUGUUCUUCAGCAGCGGCGAAAUGCUCUGCGCCACCGUAUUUCUGCAUCAUCUCAUCGCUCACAACUUGAACGAUGCGGCCUACGGCGCGGUCAUGAGCCUAAUUACUCACACCGUGUACACAGCUCUGCCGCUGCUCGUCCUGCACAAUUGCUACACGCCCAACACCUAUAUCAUGGAAACCGCCAAAUCGGAGACAUGCUUUAACUUCUUUUUGGUCAUCUUUUUUGGUACACUCUUUCACGUCUCGAUGAGUGCCAACGAGUUUCGCAUGUCGCUUUUCUACUAUCUGCUCAUCUUCUGCAGCUCCUUUAUAGUGUUUCAGAUGGCCGCCUACCGCGAAUGGGUGCAUCCUUUUGGUGCAUUGCACACCAUACAGCCGCCCAGGGAGACACGCAGGCACUGGGCUUAAAUUGAAACCGAUUUGUGCAUUUAUCAAAAAUUUCAGGUGCAAGAGGUGUAAAUAAAAUCUUUGCCAACCGAUUUCCAUCUAGUACACAUA